AUGGCCGGCGCGGAGGGCGAGAGGUGGGUGGGGCUGGCGACGGACUUCUCGGAGGGGAGCCGGGCGGCGCUGCGGUGGGCGGCGGACAACCUGCUGCGCGCCGGCGACCACCUGCUGCUGCUGCACGUCAUCAAGGAGCCCGACUACGAGCAGAGCGAGGCCAUCCUCUGGGAAUCCACAGGCUCCCCGUUGAUUCCCCUCUCGGAAUUCUCUGACCCUAUUAUCGCGAAGAAAUAUGGAGCAAAACCCGACAUAGAAACCUUGGACCUCCUGAACACUACAGCUACCCAGAAGGAGAUUAUGGUGGUUGUGAAAGUCAUGUGGGGAGAUCCGCGUGAGAAGCUCUGUCAAGUUAUCCAUGACACCCCGUUGAGCUGCUUGGUUAUAGGAAGCAGGGGCCUUGGCAAGCUCAAGAGGGUGCUCUUGGGAAGCGUCAGCGACUAUGUCGUGAACAACGCAACUUGCCCUGUCACCGUUGUCAAGUCAUCAAGCACCGAAGGUUGA